AUGCAUACCGAGUACAGCAAAGACAGAGAGGAAGAAUGCUAUGACGAUGGUGACUUCAGCCAGCCUCUUCACCGGUUGGAAGAGAGCUCUGGAACUCUCAGCCCUCAGACCAUCGUGGAGCUUUUCUAUCAGACCGUCGGCAGGAAGCUGAUCAUCUCUCAGGUCUUCCAGCAGCAGACUCCUGCAGCGGGCAACGCUCUGCUCCAGUGGCCCCACCUGGUGUCCAACGUGGUCAACCUGCUCGCUCAGCUGCUUUGGCCCAGUAACCCUGGUUUCCAGUUCCCUGAGUGUCUGAUGGCGAACUGCCAGUACACACAGCUGCAGGAUUACGUGCGUCUGAUUGGUCCGUGGUGUCAGGUGAACAUCGGCUCCUGCCGCUUCAUGCAGGGUCAGUGUUACCUGGCCAACGGCGAGGGCCACAAGGCCGUGCAGUGUUUCCAGGAGGCGGCCACUGAAGUAGAGAAGGAGGAGUUCCUGAUGAAGCUGACGGGCACCGAGGAGGAAGAAGCCGCCUCCGUCCCCAGACUGCAGUACUACAACAAGGUGCUGCGGUUGUUGGAGGAUGUGGGUCUACCUGAGCUGGUGAUCCAGUUGGCCUCUCUGGCGAUAUCGGAGGCAGCCAACGACGUCGGCAGUCAGGCCGCUCUGUGGACGAGAAUAUUCAAACAUCAUUUGGAUCUGGGACACAACAGUGAAGCUUAUGAAGCUCUGACCCAGAACCCGGACUCCAGCAUGCAGCUGGACUGUCUCCGUCAGCUGGUCGUUGUUCUGUGUGAACGCUCGCAGCUUCAUGACUUAGUCCAGUUCUCCUACGUCAACCUGCACGAUGAGGUGGUGAAUAUCAUCGAGUCUCGGGCCAGAGGUUUGGACCUGCUGGCUCACAACUACUACGAGCUGCUCUACGCUUUCCACAUCAACAGACACAACUACAGGAAAGCGGCGACGGUGAUGUUUGAGUUCGGGAUGCGUCUCGGUCGAGAGGUUCGGACUCUGCUCGGCCUCCAGAAGCAGGUGAACUGUUACCUGGCCUCCCUCAACUGUCUCCGUCUCAUCAGACCAGAAUACGCCUGGAUCGUCCAGCCAACCUCAGGAGCUGUGUACGAGCGUCCAGGAGUGUCUCCAAAGAGGAACGCUGAAGGAGAUUUUGCUACUGAGCCAGUGAAGCGUCAGGUCGACAUCCUGGAGCUCAAAGACCUGGAGAAGGAGUACAUGUUGGCCCGCAGCCGCCUCACGCUGGCUCAGCACCAUCCUCCAUCUGCUGCCAUCGCUGGCAGCGCCUCCGUGGUGGAGAUGGUGGCCUUACUGGUCCAAACUGGACUGUUUGACUGCGCUCUGUCUCUCUGUCAGAGCUUCAAACUGUCGCUCACGUCCGUCUACGAGGGUUUGGCCUUCAAGUGCAUUAAGCUUCAGUACGGAGGGGAGGAGUCUCAGAAUGAAGCUUGGAGCUGGUUGGCUGCUAAUCAGCUGUCGUCUGUCGUCAACACCAAAGAGUCCAGUGCGACAGACGAGGCGUGGCGUCUGCUGGCCUCCUACCUGGACAGGUAUCCCUCCACCAACGGACAGCACCACCGCUGCGUCAUCACCAAGCUGAUGUCACACGGCGUCCCGCUGCCUGAUUGGCUGAUCACGUCUUACAAGGGAGUGGAUGCGGCCGCUCUGCUGCGUCUCUACCUGAACUACGACCUGCUGGAUGCAGCAGCUGAGCUGGUGAUGGAGUACGUUGACGCUCUGCUGGGGAAAGGACACCAGUACUUUGGGAUCGAGCGGCCUCUCUCUGCGACGUCAGCGUUGGUCUGGCUGCCGUACACGUCCAUCGACCAGCUGCUGCAGGCGCUGAACGAGACGCAGACCAACACAGGCAUUUACAACAAAGUUCGAGACAAACUGGACGAUUAUCACAAACUUGUGGAUCAGACGAGCCGACGAAGACUUCAGACUCGUUAAUAAGAAGAAGAAGAAAAAAAGAAACUGGACGUCCGGAGAUCCACUUUUUUAUUUUAAAUGGAAGUUUUUGUCGUCAGGUGUAAAAUCAAUAAAGUGACUCAUUAUUAAUGUAAAUAUUCAGCGAUGUGCACGUGGUUAAAAUAUUAAAGAAAAAGGUGGAUUUGUUUAGUUUUUAUAAACAUAUUGUAAUAAAUCCUUUUUUGUACGGUUUUUCCAGCAAAUUUGUUGUAAAUUGUGAUGAAAUUAAACGUUUUUCCUUCA